ACAGAGCCCCAAUCCGUCGCGGGCCGCUGGCGCGCGCUCACGCGCACGCACGUCAAGGCGCUGCUCGAGACGGGCGAGGCGCAGACGCAGCGCCUGUUCGACACCCUCGCCGCCGUCGUCCUCGACGUCCUCGUCGGCGGCGGCGGCGCGGGCUCGCGCGAGGAGGCCGCCGCCGCGCUCGCCGCGCACUUCGAGCGCGCGCUGUACGACGUCGUCAGCCUCGCGCUCGAGUUCCAGUGGACCGCGGGCGAGCGCAUCGUCUCGCGCGACUUCGUGGUCUUCGUCGUCGAGGAUGGCGCGCCGUUCAAUCCGGGGGCGAUGGAGGAGGAUGGAGCGCUUGGGCCGACCUGGAGGCAGGGUGAGGAGCGGCAGGUCAUCGCAACGGUGGGGCUGGGCAUGCGGAUGGAGGUGAAGGUGGAUGGCGACAAGCUGAAGGACGUUCCUGGGGAGGUGCGGAGAACGACGAUGGUAAAACCUGCGGUUAUUCUGGGAGACUGA